UCUCUUUGUAGUUUGUGUACUACUACUACUGCUACUGCUACUGCUACUGCAUCUUCUCCCCCAAUCCCAAACCCUAACCCUAACCCUGAUCUCUGCUGCGCUAGAAUGAGAAGAGCUUUUUUGGCAGAGGAUGGGGAAGGGAAGGGGCUGUUGAUUUCGAAUUUGGGUUGAUUUGGAGCGAGAGGAGUGCGAUUUCGAUUUGGUUCGGAAUUUGGGGAUUUUGGUGGGGGAAUGGCGUCGUCGGAGGGGGUCUUGUUGAGGCGGCACGGGACGAGGCUGAGUGAUACGGGUUUGGCCUCGAGGAAGGCGGAGGAAGCAGCGACGCGAAGGUAUGAGGCGGCGGGGUGGCUGAGGAAGAUGGUGGGGGUGGUGAGUGCGAAGGACUUGCCGGAGGCGCCGUCGGAGGAAGAGUUCAGGUUGGGUUUGAGAAAUGGGAUGAUUCUUUGCACUGUACUCAAUAAGAUCCAUCCUGGUGCAGUGCCAAAGGUUGUUGUGAAUCCAGGAGACUCAAUUGUUCAACCGGAUGGAGCGGCACUAUCCGCUUACCAAUAUUUUGAGAAUGUAAGGAAUUUCCUUGUUGCUAUUCAAGAGAUUGGUCUACCAACUUUUGAGGCAUCUGACUUGGAGCAGGGAGGAAAAAGUGGCAGGGUUGUAGAUUGUGUUCUUGCAAUGAAGUCCUAUGGUGAGUGGAAACAAAUGGGUGGAAAUGGUUCUUGGAAAUACGGCGGAAAUCUCAAACCUUUAGUCUCAGUGAAACCUUUCUUUAGGAAGAAUUCCGAGCCUUUCAAGAAUUCCUUAUCAAGGAGUCAGUCAAUGAAUGAUAGUGACGGUUUAUCCGCAGAGCAUAAUUUAUGUGGAGAUGUUGUUUCAGUAGAAUCAAAUGAAAUGGCUACUUCGCGUCCUCUCAAAAUGCUCGUUAAUGCAGUUCUUUCAGACAAGAGGCCGGAAGAAGUUCCAUUGCUUAUUGAGUCAAUGUUAAGUAAGCUUGUGGAAGAAUUUGAACAACGCCUAUCUUGCCAAAAUGAGAUGGUGAAGACAGCUCUCAAGAGUGUUCCAGAUGGCAGCAAAUCCUUUUCCAAAUCAAAAAUUUCAACAGGAGCCCCUUUGGCUUCUUGUGAGAAGAGGAUGGAUGCAGAGGAUAACUUCACGAAGCCAAAGAAAGAGGGUUGCUUUCGUAAGCCCUUGAGAGAUGAAGAGGCAUCAAAAGAAAAGGUUUUGAAGCAGUGUAUGAUUUUUGAACGACAACAGAAAGAUAUUGAGGAACUUAAACGAACUCUUAGAACAGCCAAAGCUGGAAUGGAAUUCAUGCAAAUGAAAUACUCUGAGGAAUUCUCUAAACUUGGAAAGCAUGUGUAUGGCCUUGCUCAUGCUGCUUCAGGUUAUCAUAAAGUCCUAGAAGAGAACAGGAAGUUAUAUAAUCAAGUUCAAGAUCUUAAAGGAAGUAUCCGAGUUUACUGCCGUGUGAGACCCUUCUUACCUGGACAAUUGAAUAGUAGCACUGUUAGUUCUAUCGAUGAUGGGACGAUAACGAUCAUCAACUCUUCGAAGUAUGGAAAGGAAGGGCGUAGAUCGUUUACCUUCAACAAAGUUUUUGGCCCUUCUGCAACACAAGAUGAGGUCUUUUUAGACACCCAGCCACUGAUUCGAUCUGUCCUUGAUGGUUACAAUGUUUGCAUAUUUGCAUAUGGCCAAACAGGAUCAGGGAAAACUUAUACAAUGAGCGGACCCAGGAUUUUGAAUGAACAAACCCAGGGUGUAAAUUUCAGGGCAUUGGGAGACCUAUUUAAACUUGCAGAGCAAAGAAGAGGCCUUUUUUCUUAUGAAAUCGCCGUCCAGAUGAUCGAGAUUUACAAUGAGCAAGUGAGAGACCUACUUGUUAGUGAUGGCCUUAACAGAAGAUUAGAAAUUCGGAAUAAUUCUCAGAAGGGACUAAAUGUACCUGAUGCUAACUUGGUCCCUGUUGCAUCAACAUCUGAUGUAAUGGAGCUAAUGAGUCUUGGGCAGAAGAACCGUGCUGUUGGUGCUACAGCACUUAAUGACCGCAGUAGCCGUUCGCAUAGUUGCUUGACUGUACAUGUUCUAGGAAGAGAUAUGGCAACUGGAAAUAUUCUUCGAGGCUGCAUGCAUUUAGUCGAUCUUGCAGGCAGUGAAAGGGUAGAUAAAUCAGAGGUCACCGGAGAAAGGCUUAAGGAAGCACAACAUAUAAACAAAUCCCUUUCAGCUUUAGGGGAUGUGAUAGCUUCUCUUGCCCAAAAGAACUCACAUGUACCUUACAGAAACAGUAAACUUACUCAACUGCUUCAAGACUCUCUUGGAGGACAAGCAAAGACGUUGAUGUUUGUCCAUAUUAGUCCUGAGAUUGAUGCGAUUGGGGAAACAAUUAGCACACUAAAGUUUGCCGAGAGGGUCUCUACAGUGGAACUUGGUGCUGCUAGAGUAAAUAAAGAAAGUAAUGAAGUGAGAGAACUCAAGGAGCAGAUAUCUUGCCUCAAAUCAGCCUUAGCAAUGAAAGAGGCAGGAUCGGAGCAUCUUCAGAACACAAUUCCAACUCCUGAACACAGUAUCAGGGCAUCAUCACCUGUAUUUUCAAAUCCUGAACACAGUAUCAGGGCAUCAUCACCUGUAUUUUCAAAUCGGCGGAAUGGUGGAGAUUAUUUAAGUGGUCAAGCUAAUUACAGGCAACCAAUGGAGGAUGUUGGAAACAUAGAGGUUAGGAGUAAUCCUCCAUUAAGGCAAAAGAAGCCGAGCUUUGACCUGCAAGAAUUAUUAGCAACUGAUCCUCCUCCUUGGCCCGAUACCAGCCCCAAAGUAAAUUUCCAGAUAGGAAAUGAUAAAGAAAUGGUUUUGGGAGAGUGGGUGGAUAAGGUUAUGGUGAACAAACACGAGCAGAGUGUGAGAGAUGAGAACCCCAUGGAAGAUUGGGAAAGAGAGGGUGCACCAUUGCCCGACUUCUUUUACCAGAGAUACUGUUCUGACACUAGAGCUUAUUCAGAUCAACUGUAUCACAGAAAUGCUGCGAGGAGAAAAGAGAGCCAUGAGAUUGAGGUGCAAAGAACUCGAUUCUAUUCGUCUGUUGCUAAUGAUGAUUCGGACGAGCUGGAUAUCGCGACGAGUGAUUCUUCGGAAGCAGACAUGCUGUGGCAGUUCAAUUUCCCAAACAUAAAUAGCUCCGGAAAUGAGGGAGGGUCGAUGAUUAAAAAGCCUCAGAAAAAGACAACAAAGAGCCCAGAUAUAAGGACUCCCGUUCACACGCACAUACCAUCGCCGUCGAGAAAAAUGUCGAAUGGGUCUAACCGCUCCGGGAGGCAGCUCUCUAGUGGUGGGGACGGCAAAAGGACUGCAUCAAGUGGGAAAAUGGGUAAUAUGAAGUGAACUCUGCUAUUUUAUUAUGAUGGUUUGUGUUUUUUUCUUUCUUUCUUUUCUUUUUCUUUUUUCGUGUUUUCGUCUAAGAUUGGCAUGAGAGAUUGAGCCUCGGUCUCUCAAGUUCUUGAUGAGUGGCAAUAAUCCAAUUUGCUUGUUCUGGUGUGAUUAGUGGUGGUGGUGGUGGUGGUGAUGGUGGUGAUCUCAACUAAUGCCAAGAGGUGGUGGGAGAUCAUCCACCCUCUCUUUUUUUUUCACUUCUUCUUUGGCAGUGUUGAGAGUACUGAGAAAGCAAUUCUUUAUGUGUCCUGUUUGUAAAGAAAAGGCAAAUAGAAGAAUAAAUAAAAAAGAAAAAGAAAAAGAAAAAGAAGUGGCUUCUUGCUUUCAA